AUGUCUUCGUUUUCUGCCAAUGCGACAAAUAAUCAUGGUACUAGCAAAAACAAUACCUAUAUUCAAAUUAAACCCAACAAGAUGGUUCGUGCUGAACUUCUACAAAGAGAGUUAGCAAAAGCGCCCAAUCCAAAAUAUAUUAGAACAAAACCUAAUGUUAUAGUUCGUGCUGAGAUGGCAAAUAAUUCAAGUGGAAGUAGUUCGAAAUAUGCUAAUACACAAACGUCAACAACCUACUCUUCACAGACCCCAAUGACUCCUUAUCGUACACAUGGAUCUUAUAAUUCUUUCAGACCUCAAUAUAAUUAUACAAAAUAUAUUAAGUCAAAUAAUAAAUAUGUUAGACAAGAAGUUGAAAAUAAUAAUUUAAGGUAA